CUAGGUGAUAGUUUAAGAUUGAUAAAAAAAACUCUAAAUGCAGAAGUGAGAGGGGUUUGCAUGCCCUGCUGACACAGGCUGCAUUGUGGGUGUAACAUGUUAGACACAUUUUCUAUUUCUUAGAAACUGCAAAGCAAUAACACGAGGAUGUGGAACCUGCUUCUCACCCUGUGCAUUGCUCUGAGCUGUGUGAGGAGCGCAGCAGGGUUGAUCCAUGUGUCUGGAUAUGAAGGGAGAGGAGCGGAAGUUUCUUGUACCUAUGAACAGGGUUAUGAGUCUUAUGAGAAGUACCUGUGCAAGAAGGAAUGCAGCAACGAAGAUGUUCUUAUUACGACGACCCAAGCAGCUCGGUACAAAUACUCCAUCCGUGAUCACAAACAGAGACGAGUCUUCACAGUGACCAUCUCUGAUCUGAAUCUUACGGAUGCUGGGAUAUACUGGUGUGGGGUGACCAGGAAUGGAAAGGAUAUCUACACAGAAGUAAAGCUGGAAGUAGGAAAAGACAGCUGUUGUGAGCAAUCCACCAAAGUCCAAAGUUAUGAGGAGAGUUCAGUGUCCAUCAGUUGUACGUACACGCCGAAGCACCAGGACAGCGUGAAGUACGUCUGCAGAGGAAGCCAGCCCUCCACAUGUCUGGAGAGCACACUAAUCACCUCUGACAACAGACAAAAUGGAGAGUUGAGACUUACAGAUGACAAGGUGUCGAGUCAGUUCACAGUGGACUUUACUAGUUUGACCCAAAAGGAUUCUGGGUCGUACCUGUGUGGUGUCCAUGGACUCACCGGUCUGGAUGUUUUCUCUGCUUUUGAGCUAGAAGUCAAAGAGUGGUGCUGUGUGGGGUCAAAAACACUGAGUGGCAUUGUGGGACGUCCUGUAACCAUGCAGUGUCACUAUCCACCGCAGCACAGGGAUAACAGGAAGUUCCUCUGUAAGGGAGACCACCGCAACAACUGUACAGACAUGGUGACGAGUCAGAGCAGGUUCACGCUGCAGGAUGAUGUUUCUUCCAGCUCUUUCUCAGUGACCAUCGCACAACUGAAAGCAGGGGAUGCUGGGACGUACUGGUGUGGUUCACACUCACGGUGGAGUGCUGGAAACUACACAAAGAUUCAUCUGUCAGUCGUCUUUACAGAGCAGACCAGUACUGAGGUGGAACCUGUCGAAUCACAAUCAGCACAUACCCCUGGACAACAGAUCAAAGAUGCAUCACCCUUUCACCCUGCGGUUUUCAUCGCCCCCGUCCUGCUGCUCAUACUGACUUUUGCUCUGGUCAUAUUUUAUAAAUACAAAGUGCGAGGAGCUCGAGCCAAUGUGAACAGAAACCAAACCAAUCAGGCAGAAACAGAGGAAGUGAUACAUGCAGCUGAUAUUUAUGCAAAUCAAGACAUAAUGCGCUCAAAGCCGUUGCCGCCCAACCCGGAGAGCGCCUAUCAACACUACGAUGAUGCAGGUGAAGCCCAACAAGACGUUUACCAAAACUUCACCAUAACAGAUGAUAUCUACUGCAAUCAAUUUCACAUUGAGCAUCAGUAGCUCAGUCAUCGGGGACUUGGCUCGGGAACCGGAGGGUCACCGGUCACGGACCAAGUACAGACUGUUGACUGGUAGCCUCCUGGGCACUGCUGAGGGUCCAUAGAGCAAGGAGCCUAACCCCCAACUGUGCCCGGGGCGCCUAACCAUGGUGUGUAAUGUGUAAAGAUUUGAAAAAUGUGUGUAAUGUGUAAAAAUAACAACAGAGUGAAAAUGAUAUCUUCCCUCGAGGGAAUAAUAAAGUGUGUCUUCUUCUUAAAGGCAAGAGGAGAUGAACAGCACACACAUAUGUGAUCAAACCUUGUAUUCUUGGGUCACAUUUGUACCCAAAUGAUCCUGUUUGAAUUGCCUCAAUUAACAGCUAAGCAAUACAUAUUCACGUAGCGGUGUAAACUACAGUAAUAUAAUUAUUUUUACAAAUUGUUUUACAUUUACCAUCAGUUAUAUUUUGUACUUAUAUUCAUUGCUUGUGAUUUUACAGUUUUGCUUUCUCGUUAGUAUAAGAAACAGUUUAACACACUUAUAAGAAACGUUGGAUAAACAUUUUACCUAAAUACCCCAAAGUAAGUUACCUUCCUGUAUUUAUGUGUAAUAAACAAAAUAAACAAAACCAAGAAACAACA